GGUGUGGCCAGACCGGCCGGCAGCACGGGUUCUUGGAGGGGCGCGGAGGUGGGUGGUGGGCCCAGAGCUGGCGGCGCCGACGGUGCCCCACCCGGUCCCGUGACCGAGCGCCGCCGGGGUUGCGGUAGGGCCUCCGUCACUGCCUCCCUGUCGCCACCGCGUCCGUGCCGCCGCCGCGCGAGAAACUGGAGGGGAAGCGACGGGGCCCGCUUUUCGUCCCGGAGAGCGAGCCUUGGGGCCGCGGCGGUGGAGCCAUGUCCGGCUGUGUUGAGCUUCAACCCCUCGCCGCUCCUGGGAGCUGCGGCGGGUUGUCUCGCCGAGGUUACCCGGUACUCGUUGAGCUCUCUUUGGGGCUUGGGAGACUAAACUUUGCUGUGGAAGUGAUCCAGAGACAUGCAGUGCCUUCACCAUCGCAGGUUGUGGUAACAUCUGAAAAUUUCAAAACUAUCGUUCAUUGGCAGUACCCACCCACGUCUGAAACACCUCGUUUUGUUGUGGAAGUAAAAUCUUACCUUUCAGGUUCCUAUAAAAUUGUCUCAACUUGCGUGAACAUUUCAGCUCAUUUUUGUGAUGUCUCAAAGGAGAUAGAUGACGUCUUUGACUCACACUGGUUUCAAGUUAAAGCUGUUGUUGGAUCACAAGAGUCUGAGUAUGUUGAGACAAACGAAUUCAUUUUGCAAAGACAUGGAAAAAUAGGACCACCAAAGCUGAAUCUCUCAAGGCAUGGCGAUAAAAUCAUGGUUGAUAUUUACCAUCCUGCAUUCCCAUCUAUGGAGUCUCUUCCUUUAAUCGGGGAUUUAGAGCCCGUGUACUCAGUGACUUUUUGGGAUAGUAAAAAUCAGAGUAAAGAAGAGUUCUCUGAGCUCCCUGAAGACAACUGUACAAUGUACAAAUGUAGCUUCAUGAUCCUGAUUCCUGCUGAAGGUUCCACUUACUGUGUUUCAGUGAAGGGCAAAUUAUAUAAUGGUCUGAUGGCUCUUGCCCCAUCAGAAGAAAGCUGCAUUCAUGUUCAUCUCAAGCAGAUAUCGAGCAUAACAUAUAUCAUCGUUCUGUGUAGUGUUAUUCUGAGCCUGAGUCUAAUUUUGACAACGUAUCUUUGUUGCAAGAGGCUAAAGAAGAGGAACAUAAAAUUGCCUAAGUCUUUGGUCGCUGUGAUACGAAACCUGAACACAGACAUCCUUCCUGAAUCAAAGUAUGUAUCUGUAGUAAGCAUCAUGCCAGCCCAGUCAGCAUUGUCAGUGAUGGGUGAAGAAACCUGUGUGGAGGUAGAGCCAGAAGAAGAAGCUGUUAGUCCUGAGAUUUCCAGUGAAAAAGCAUCUUCUGUCCCUCCCCUAGAGUCACCAGCCAUAGCAGAAGAGGUGUCUGUGCAGGAAAGCACAGAGGAAGCAUCUUCUGAUGAUGAACAGAAUCACAAAGUAAAAGAGAGUUAUUUCACUUCUAGUAGCCAGAUGGAUGUGUGCAGUAACUCUUCAGGUCCAGAGGUUUCUGCCCCAGAAAUACAACAAGCAACCAUCCCAAGCAGCAGUCUCAAGUUUUCUGGCUAUGACAAGCCUCAUGUUCCAUUAGAGAUGUUGAUAGAUGUUGGUGAAGAACAGCCUGUGAUUGCUUACAGGCCAACUGACUAACCAGGAUAUCUGAAGUGUUUAACCAGAACUUGGGGAGAAUUGCAUUAUUGAAGAUUGUGGGAACUCUGAGUUAUGUUACGAACAUCUACAAGUUGUACUUGUUCUGAUCCAACCAGAAUAACCAAUACACAACUUAGUACGGUAGGAUCCUGAAAUGAGACUGAAAGUAGUACGUGAGAACAGCAUAAAAACUAGGGGGAAAAUUCAUAAAAACUACUUUUAGAAGUGUUUGUAUGACGUAACAGCUUACUGUUUUCUGUUUGAAAUAGCUCUUUUUUUUUAACAAUGCUCUGUGGAGAACAGAAUUCAUGAAGGAGUAUAAAACAGCAAUUGUAUUGUUAUUCCCUUCUGCUUCAAAUCCUUUUCAAAUUAGAUUAACAUAAUGCUUAAGGAAGUCCUUCAUUUGGUUACAAUAGCAAUGUGAAAGAACUAUUUGACAGUGUUUUGCCUUUAUUUGGGGUAUUCUGUUCUUUUUUUCUCUAGAAAAGUAUUUUUGUAUUAAACAGAGUGCUACUAUUUCUUCUAAGUAAGAAUAUGCCAAUAACUUUUUCUUGUAUAUUUUAAGAAUUUGAUGUCAUAGCCAAGAACCACCAAUUUGUAGCCUUUUCUGCAAGUAGAAGUAUGUACUUUCAGGACCAUUACUCUGUACGUUUCAGUGAGUAAACAGUAGCUAUUUUCUGGAUAAAUCCAAUAUUGGCAUGCUAGCUGGUUGUCACUGGAAAAAAAAGUGUGUAAUGGGUGGUUAUACACAUUCUUCAGAAAAUGCUUUAAAAUUUCAAUAGCUGCUGUUCCUCCAGAGCAUUUUUAUCCUAAUUCUUAGAACAGUAUGACUUUUUAAAUUGGAAAUCAUCAAGACUUCUUUCAAACAGGUUUUCUAGGAGGUUGAAAAUGGCAACCAUUUUUCUUCUUUUUUACAAAAACUGCAGGAAUUCAAGAACUACACCAAAUUACAUCCCUCUAAAAGUACAUCUCAAUAUAAAAGUAGCAUGAUAAUUUAUAGUUCAUAAGUUAUUGUCAUCUGACAGCCCUCUAAGUUUUGUAGCAUGCGAUUGCAGUUUUCAAAGUUGAAGGAUGAAGAUUUUUUUUUUAAUAUUAGAACUUUUGCAUCUAAUGCCUGCAAUCCCAGAUCCCUUUCAUCAGGAUUUGAUGGGCGUUUUCUCCUUGUAGGAAGUGUUUACAAUAGUUCUUAAUUAAACUUAGUUCAGGGAAAAAAAAGGAUGUUCUACAGACACAAGGUAGUGUAUUUAGACAAAAUUAUGUCUUUGUUUUAAAAGAUGGGUUUUGUAGGAUUAUCAGAAGUGUUUACAUCUUACAGCAGGUGGUUUUAAAGGAAAACCAGUGUCAUAGUACUUCUGUCCUCAGUGACUCGAAUAUUCCUAAGCUGAAGUUGGUUUAUACAGCAGUUUCUGGACUACUUCCAUUCCUGUGGAUAGCAGACACUAACCACAGAGGUGCAUACUCAUUUCCCAAAGAUAUAAAGACAAUAGCCAUUUUUUGCCUUCUCACAGGAAGAUAGUGGAUCUUUUAGCAGGAAUUUUAGGAAAAGCCAAUCCAAACAGGUGAACUUUGUAGUUAUGGUGUAAUGAAAAGCCCAACUAGUAUGUGUUACCUAGCUUUGAUUUGUUUCUGUAUUAUGCUCAAAUGUAAUGAGACCCCCCAAUAAUCGUUUCAGUGUCAUUUUCUGGGUAGAAUUCCUAGAGACAAUGCUGGUGCCUUACUGCUUAGGAUCCACUAGUAUGUAGAUGUCUUGGAGAAGUGCAGGAAGAACUCACUUGGUGUUACAAGAAGGAUUUGAAAAUCAAAAUUAACUUGCACUUGAAACUUUAACUAAACUGGCUUUUCAUUUAAUAAUACAGAUCAUCACUGAAGCAUGCAUUUGGCACUCUGUCUGAUAAGGAGAUGAACAGUUGUGUUUUGCAGAGCUUGAAGUUGAUGGCAUUUCUUUCAGGUUUUGUAGGUUUGUUGUGAAGUAUAAUCUGCAAUAAAUACUUCAGGGCUUUUUGUAUGUCAAAUAAGAGUUUAGCGUAAACUUUACUCAGAAAGGAGAAAUAGGUUGUGAAAAACUGUGAGCUUAGAUUGUGUUUUGGGACGAGGAAGUUUCUAUCACACAGUUGGAGUGUCUUUUUUGCUACUGUUCGGAGUAUUUAAUCUUUUUGUGAUUAAUAGCUUGUUUUCCUUCUGUAGGUUUUUGGCAAAAAAAAAACCCCAAACUAUUGUUCUCCAAGAAGAUUAGGAAUUAGCCAUAGCAGUCAUUCUGUUCAAUAUUUCUGCCUCAAAACAAUUCUGAUAGAAGUAUGUACUUUCUUGGAUGUGUUAGUUUUACGUUUUUGACAGUGUCUGUUGAAAGCCUAGUGCUCUUAAGAAAAUUAGUAGCUAAGAUUCAGACGCUUAGAUCUGUGUGAACAUAGAGAUCACUGUUUUCUGUUCUACAGGGUUUUCCUUGCUGCCACACUGAAAGAGGAGUGAUAUUUUUUGCCUGUGUGAAGGCAGACAGAUGCAUUCUGAAACCAAGCGACUGUCUAAGACUCUUUUUCCCUGUUGUACUACUCCAUUGUAUAUUGUCCUGAAUCUUUCAAGUCACAUAGAGUCCUUCCUAUGUGAGUAAAAGGGACCAGCCAGGUUCUGCUUAUAGUUAAAGAAGGACAAGGAUGUUAAGGUUAAUCAGAAAUGAUACAGAAAUGUAUCAUGUUCAUAUGGGAAACUAUUUGGCGUGGCAGAUGAUGACAUGUAAUGGAAAGUGUUAUUCUGUAAGCUGAAAAUCAAGCACAGGAGUACAAGUACUUUGUGCUAUACAGCAUACAUAUAUGUGCACAAUUGACCUCUUCUUGUAAUUAUCAUAAGAUUAAGUUUAUUUUUUAAUGAAAAAAAUCUGAACUGCAAUUAAAAAGGCACUGAAUUGUCACCACCCUCCCUGCAGGUUUGCCGCCUUUGUGCUGUCUGCUUCACAGGUAUCCAAUAGCACAAGGGUAGUUUACAUGUUUCAGUUGCUCAGUACCACUUGCAUGUUUGAUAGUUGUGAAGUAAAGGAGUUUUAGGGUACGCAAUGCACCAGAUUCUUUUGUAAGCUCUGACUGGCUGAAAACAUGAAGCCACAGUGAGAUAAGAAUGUGUUCCCUGCGUCAGCAAGCUCUGUUUUCUCCUGUCUCGUUUCCAGUAGUUGCUCAAAGUGGUAUUAAGAGAGCCUAGAAAUGGCAAGUGCAUGAUGGCAUUUCUGCCAGGGUACAGUCCAGGAGCCUGCAGUGUGAGGCCUUCUUGGGACAGAGAAUAUGGAAAUACCUUUCCAGCUACAGCUAGUUGGCCUUGCUUUUGCAGUUCUGUAGUACCGAGUAUCAGGGCCAUGUGGUUUGGAAGCUGUCAGGUAGUAUUUAUCUAUGCAUUUUCACUUAACUAUUAAAUGAGUUUAAAUUCAUAAAUUGGUAUUCUUGUGAUGAAGUAAUUGGUUUGCCUAAGCUUCUGGAUACUCAUGUAUAGCACUUUGACACACCAUAUCAAAGUCCCUAACAUUUACAGGCUCAAAAUCAUUUAAUAUUCGUGCCUUUGCGAGACAUAUCAGCUAUGCACUGUAGAAAUUUUCACCACUUCACGCUCCUUUCAGAUGUGUUUUUUCUCCUGUUGUGACUGCUUGGCAUUCUUCCCAUCUCCUAAAGAUGAUUUGGGAGAUGAUGAAAUAUCAGACUGCUAAACACUAUAUCCUGUGUAAGAGAAACUAUAUCACAAACUUUGGCCUAAUACCUGAUAACAUUUCUAAGAACUUAUUUAAUUCUCAUUUUUGCAUGUACAUUGUAACUUUUUAUUAUCAAAUCUGCAGUAACUUUUUAUUAUCAAAUCUGCAAUUAACAGUGAAUUAUUGUGGUAAUACUGCAUGCUAGAACAGAAGCAUCAAAUGUUCUGCUUUUAUGCUUUUUCCACAUAGAUCAUUAAUGCAGUUUUAAAAAAUCAUUCUUUUUAAAUCUAGUGACAGUUGUGUAAGCAAGCUCAUAGUGUCCCAGUUGCUUAGAACACACGUGCCUAUUUGUGUGUAGUCCUUCACUAGUUCAUACUGAAGGAAAGUAAACUUGGAUAUGGAGAGCUGUUUCUUCUUAAGGGUAGAAACAAAUGGUUGCUUUGAAGUGAUACCACGUAAACAGUUUAGUGUUAAUAACAAGAUCUGUUGUGCUUGGUUCAAAGUAGUAGUUUUAGCGUAACUUUGUAAAACCUCACCAAAACAACAAACCAAACACAAAGCUCCUUUAAUCUUAAAGUGUCCUGCAUAGUUGUCUUUAAUGUGUUUUUUAAAAAAAAAAAAAAAAAAAAAAAACCCAGUCCUUUAAAUAUGAAACUGUUGUCUGUUAAUACACUUUCUAUAUUCUUUAAAAGGAUGCAAUCAUUGGAUUAGGUAGGGCCUCCAGGGAUCUACAGUUCAUUAUUCUCCAGAACUGCAUAGUUCUUCCUGUGCACUUAUCAGGCAAUUUAUUCCAGGGACUCUUUACCCCUAAAAAAGUAUUUUUUAAUCUUUAAUGCAAGUCUUCCUGACUUUAGAAACUUCAUUAUCCACAAUGGGCAUGCUCAGUGUAUUUUGGUUUUUGUCUGAAAUUUGUAACUAAACUAUUUGUAUAUACUGUAAAUUUUAAAUCUUUCUACAUUGAAUUAAAAAAAAAACCUCCCAAGAC